CCUCGUCAGCCAAUCCGGGGCGAGUGCCUGCGUGCUGACCUCAGAGCCCAACCAGCAGAAAGACUUUGCACACGUUCAGGGCGGAAGGAGGGAAGCGUCAGAGCGCCAGGCGAGAGGAACUGCGAGCAGCCGGAAUCAUGUGCGACUUCUCGGAAGAUCAGACCGCUGAGUUCAAGGAAGCUUUCCAGCUCUUUGACAGAACUGGAGAUGGCAAGAUCCUGUACAGCCAGUGUGGCGAUGUCAUGAGAGCCCUGGGCCAGAAUCCUACCAAUGCGGAAGUCAUGAAAGUUCUGGGGAACCCCAAGAGCGAUGAAAUGAAUGUGAAGACCCUGAGCUUUGAGCAGUUCCUGCCCAUGAUGCAGACCAUUGCCAAGAACAAGGACCAAGGCUGCUUCGAGGAUUAUGUGGAGGGGCUGAGGGUCUUUGACAAGGAGGGCAACGGGACGGUCAUGGGAGCAGAGAUACGCCAUGUGCUUGUCACCCUAGGGGAGAAGAUGACCGAGGAAGAAGUAGAGAUGCUUGUGGCCGGCCAUGAAGACAGCAAUGGCUGCAUUAACUAUGAAGCAUUUGUGAGACACAUCUUAUCAGGGUGAAUUCGAACGGGAGUUGGUGCGGAUGGUUCUGAGCGGCUGAAGACCACCUCUAGCUUCUCCCGAGAACCUCUUCCAGUUUAUCCUUAAAAUGUUUGUGCCUUUUUAAUCUGUGUCUGAAACUACUUUUGGUUCCCUCUUUCUCCGGCCUCUUGGUUUAGUCCUUGAGGCAGGGGCUAAGGAAAGGAAGAAAAAAACAUUUGUCUGAAGGGGGUGUUCCUGAAGGGCAGGGAAGCAAACUGCUGGCUUGUCUCGCAUCACUUUAUUUCCAGAAGUGUUCAGCUUAUUUCCUCUUGGUUGCUUUAAUAAACUGUUCCCAAAAAUGUCUUACUAA